AGCCUGCAGUGGCCGGGAGUCCUUGUCACGUCCCGCCCGUCUCCUGCCACCCCCCAGGAUUAGCAGGCCGCCGGAUGAUCCAGGCCGGUGCCCGUGUUGGAGCUCAGCUGCUGGAUCAGGACACGGGCUUUGCGGGGGCCGAUGUUCUACCCCCACGCCAGCCGCGGUGACUCCCAGGAGUUUGGAACUGAAGCUUUUGCCUGGUGUUUUUGUCCCGUAGAGACGUGCUGGGACCGGUCUACCAUGGGCGAUAUUCUGGCUCACGAGUCGGAAUUACUCGGCAUAGUGAAAGAGUAUUUAGAUUUUGCUGAAUUUGAAGACACUUUGAAGACAUUUUCAAAGGAGUGCAAAAUCAAAGGAAAACCGUGUAAAUCAGCAGGUGGAUCUGUAAGAGACUCCAAAUCAUUGAUAAUUCAGAAGGAUCUCCUGGCGGCCUUUGACAGCGGCGACCAGAAGGUGUUCUUCCACCUGUGGGAGGAGCACGUCCCCAGUUCCGUGCGCGACGGGGACUGCGUGGCCCAGAAGCUGGAGUUCUACCUUCACAUCCAUUUCGCCAUCUACCUCCUGAAGCACGGGCCUGGGAGACCGGACAAGCAGGAGCUGGAUGAAAGGAUCUCUUACUUCAGAAGCUACCUGGAGACCAGAGGGGCAGCGCUGAGCCAGACCACAGAGUUCCUCCCUUUCUACGCCCUGCCCUUUGUUCCCAACCCGAUGGUCCACCCCUCGUUUAAAGACCUCUUCCAGGAUUCCUGGACUCCAGAGUUAAAGCUGAAGUUGGAAAAGUUCCUGGCUUUAAUCUUCAAAGCCAACAGCACGCCUAAGCUUGUCACCAUCUACCAGGAGAACGGACAAAGCAACAAAGAAGUGUUGCAGCAGCUGCACCAGCAGCUGGUGGAAGCCGAGCGCCGGUCAAUGACGUACCUGAAGCGGUACAACAAGAUCCAGGCCGACUACCACAAUCUCAUUGGAGUCACGGCAGAGCUGGUGGAUUCCCUGGAGGCCACAGUCAGUGGCAAGAUGAUCACCCCUGAGUACCUGCAGAGCGUGUGCGUCCGCCUCUUCAGUAACCAGAUGCGGCAGAGCCUGGCACACAGCGUGGACUUCACGAGGCCUGGGACGGCUUCCACUAUGUUACGGGCCUCCUUGGCACCCGUGAAACUGAAGGAUGUCCCUUUGCUGCCCUCCCUGGACUAUGAGAAACUGAAGAAGGAUUUGAUCUGGGGGAGUGACCGCUUGAAAGCCUUCUUGUUGCAGGCUCUGCGCUGGCGCUUGACCACGUCCCACCCUGGUGAGCAGAGGGAGACGGUUCUGCAAGCCUACAUCAGCAACGACCUCCUGGACUGUCACAGCCACAGCCAGAGGAGCGUGCUGCAGCUGCUGAACUCCAAGAGCGAGGCGGUGCGCCAGUACAUGGCCAGGCUCAUCAACGCCUUCGCGUCACUCGCCGAAGGGCGCCUGUACCUUGCCCAGAACACGAAGGUGCUGUGGCUGCUGGAGGGGAGGCUGAAGGAGGAGGACAAGGACGUCAUCGCCCGGGAGAACGUCCUCGGGGCCUUGCAGAAGUUCAGCCUCAGGCGUCCGCUGCAGACCGCCAUGAUUCGGGAUGGCCUCAUCUUCUGGCUGAUCGACACCCUGAAGGAGCCCGACUGCCUGUCCGACUACACACUCGAGUACUCGGUGGCUUUGCUGAUGAACCUCUGCCUGCGCAGCGCAGGGAAGAACAUGUGUGCCAAGGUGGCGGGCGUCGUGCUGAAAGUUCUCUCAGAUCUGCUUGGCCACGAAAACCACGAGAUCCAGCCCUACGUGAACGGCGCUCUCUACAGCAUCCUCUCUGUCCCCUCCAUCCGCGAGGAGGCGCGAGCCAUGGGGAUGGAGGACAUCUUGCGCUGCUUCGUCAAAGAAGGCAACGCCGAAAUGAUCCGACAGAUCGAGUUCAUCAUCAAGCAGCUGAACUCCGAAGAGCUAAUGGAUGGCGUUCUUGAGUCGGACGACGAUGAAGAAGAAGAAGAUGAAGAGGACCACGACGCCAUGGAGGCCGACCUGGACAAGGACGAGCUGAUCCAGCCCCAGCUGGGAGAGCUCUCGGGCGAGAAGCUGCUGACCACGGAGUACCUGGGGAUCAUGACCCACACCGGGAAGGCGCGGCGGAAGGGGCCGGCGGGCGUGCAGUGGGGCGGGGACGAGCCCCUGCGCCGGCCGGUCACCCCCGGCGGCCACAGGAGCGGGGGCCCAGCGUGAGUCCAGGCCCAAGGAGGGCAGGAGCUGCUGUUCUUUGGCUUCGUUUUGAUUAACUGCCACGUAAGAUGAUGCACAGAUUUUAAAAUGCGAAAUAAAGCGUGCGUGUUG